CUCGCCAGCUUGACGACUCGCAAGAUGGGCGCUUCGGGCUCAAAGGCAGAGGUUGUCGAAGAAGGCAAGGAGAAGCAGUUCUACUCCAACGCAGAUACGCCCAUCAGGUUCUCACCGGGUCUGAUCAACCACUUGCAGGACUCUGCCUCGCCCAGCUCAGAACGCCAACAGACGCUCGACUCUCACAUCCAGGAGCGCAUCAAAUCUGAGCUCACGCGGCUACAGAGCGAGGAGAGUGAGAUCAGGGCUCAGAUUGCUCAGGCGUUGGAGAAGGAGAAUCUGGACAAGAGCAGGGGGUCGGCGGAGAAGGGAGAGGGGAAGAGCUCACUGUUGCUCGAGAGGGAUCUGGAAGUACUGCGAGCAAAGGUAGAGAGACGGAGACAGAGGACGGAUGAGCUUGCUGGUCCUGACAGUUUGGUCGGCAAGACUCGUACUGCUCUCGUUCAAUGCUACAGGAAUAAUCCCAAGACGACGCUAGACUGCGACAGGGAAACCGACGCGUUCAAAGCUGCCGUCAAGCAACUCGAACAGCAAUUCGUGGCUUCAGUUCAUUAGCUGAUGACUAGACGAGCAUGGAAAUUGAUGACAUGCAAUGAGCUUUGCUGAUGCUAAGCAAGCUAUCGCUUUCAUUUGCUGAACAAUCUAGACCUCGUGAUACACUGCUC